UCGGUCAUUGAGGACGUUGCCAUUCCUUGUGAGUUCAAAUAUUGAACACAUCGCUUCUAUUGGAUUUUAUAUGGAUAUUAUAUCUUAUUGCUCAAAACGUAUAAGUUUUAUUAGUUUAAAAGGAGUCUUUCUCCCGUGUCGUCUAUGAGCCCACUAUUUCAAAAUCAAAUGUUGGCACGUAAAUUAAGAACUUUGUCGAGGUGUUUGCAUGUUGGACACAAAUCUUUAGGCUCCAGGUUGGUGUUGGGCAUCGAGACCAGCUGUGAUGACACUGGAGCUGCCGUCCUAGAUGGCACUGGUGCCAUUCUUGGGGAGUCUCUGCACUCCCAAAAAGAAGUUCACCUUAGGACUGGUGGCAUCAUCCCCACAGUUGCACAGCAACUCCACAGGGAAAACAUAGAGCGUGUGGUCCAUGAAGCUCUUCAGAGGAGUGGAGUAGAACCAGGUCAGCUCGCUGCUGUGGCCACCACAGUGAAACCAGGCCUGGCCCUCAGCUUGAGCGUUGGUCUGCAGUUUAGUCAGAGAUUUGUGAGGCAACACAACAAGCCUUUCAUCCCCAUCCACCACAUGGAAGCCCACGCUUUGACGGUGAGGAUGCUUCAGGAAGUCCCGUUCCCUUUUCUGGUUCUGCUGGUUUCUGGUGGACACACUCUUCUGGCUGUGGCGCGAGGAGUGGACGACUUCCUGCUGCUGGGUUACUCUCAAGAUGAAGCUGCCGGGGACACACUGGAUAAAGUUGCAAGACGUUUGUCACUGAUCAAACACCCUCAGUGCUCCACGCUCAGUGGAGGGCAAGCGAUAGAACUCUUGGCUAAGGAAGGGGACAGGAGCAGAUUUUCUUUCAGGACUCCCAUGGGUCAGACUCCUGACUGCUGCUUCUCCUUUGCCGGACUACGAAACCAAAUAAAUAUGACGAUAUUGAAAAAAGAGGCAGAAGAAGGAGUGGAACAGGGAAGUCUGUUGUCGUGUGUGAACGACUUUGCAGCCGCGACUCAGCACUCAGUCGCCGCUCAUCUCGCAAAACGCACACACCGCGCCAUCUUGUUCUGUCAAUCAAAUGGUCUGCUACCGUCACAUGAUCCCACUUUGGUGAUGUCAGGAGGCGUGGCAAGUAACCAGUACAUCCGUAAAGCCAUAUCAAUCAUCACAGAUCUGACUGGUGUCCAUCUUAUCUGUCCACCGCCCAAAUUUUGCACUGACAAUGGAGUGAUGAUCGCAUGGAAUGGUGUGGAGCGUCUCAGGGCAGGUAUAGGGAUUCUGGCUCCUGAUGUGGAUGUUACCUAUGAGCCCAAGGCUCCACUCGGACACAACCUGGCGGGAGAAGUUCUGGCUGCAGCCAUUAAGCUACCACCUGUGAGACUCAAGAUCCAGAACUGACCUGAAAUAUAUGAUAUGUAUGUGGCCUCCUGAUCAUCAACGCAGUCAUAAAUAAAC